AUGCGCAACUUACACAUCUCCGCAUCCCUCGCGAGUGAGGAGAUGGAGACGAUUUUGCUUCCCCGGCUGGAGCAGCUGCGCGAGCAAUACCGCGAGCAAUGCCACGCCAUCCGAAAAGACCCCUCCUGGCAAACCCAACAAGAAGGCGAGGAGGUCGCCGUCUUUUUGAACAGUUUUAACGCGGAUAUCUCGUCAAGCGAGACGACGCUGCGGCGGGCGGUGGAUACCUGGAUUCGGCUUUUCCUCCCGCUUUUACGCACCGAGGACGAGUACGCGCAGCAGCUCGCGCGCGUCUGCCAUCACGAGUAUUUAAUCUUCCGUUUUAACUGCCACGUGGAGCGGUUUAACGCACAUGAGGCGCGGGAGCAAUGUCGAUGGGCACCGAUGUAUCGCAAAGGCCUCUCCAUCGCGUAUUUGCUCUGCAAAUACCUCGACGAGCACGGGAUGGAUGCGCUGCCGCAGCAUUGCGUGCCGUUGCUCGCGCCGGUGGCCGCGUUUGUCGGCUGCACGCGGGGCUAUCGCGAGCUUCUGAGUAAGUUAAAGCAGGUCCUCGCGGAUCUCGUCGAGCGCGCCAAACGCGUUCAGGUGCAUAUUCAGGAUCUCUCGCCGGAUAUCCUCGAAGAGGCCGCGAAGGCGGUCGCGGAAGGUCGAAGUAUCGCCUCCGAUAUCGUUUCCUGUCAGGCGACGGAGCAGGAUGUGAUCGGCUUCCCGCUCGCACGCGUGCAGGUGCCGACGGUAAAUCUGCAAAAUGCCCCAUCCUUAUGUGGGGAGGAUGGUUGA